AGAAAUUCGAAAAAUAAUUGCCACUUGACAUUCUCCCAAAUAAUAUCACGUCGAACUAGUUCAGAAUAUUGAGAGCGAACUCUGUCAAGUAUUUUGAAAAGAGUAGUACUUCAGUGUGCAUGCAACAUUGUAAACAAAAAAAAAAUUAAAAAUCCUUAGUAAGGAAUAGAAACAGUGAAGUAAAACCACUAUAAAGGCCUUUGUAAAAGACUAUUAUAAAUUCAAACAUACGGAUAGAGAAGAUAAAACGUUUUGACAAUGACGUGCGAAUAUUGUUCCUGGGUAAACAAGAUUCAGGCAAAAAUUUCAGUCGGAGUGGAAACCAAGACUUCGAACAAUGACAGGGAAAAGCAAUUUAAGCAUCCCGUAAUAAUCGUGCACGGCGGAGCCGGCAGCAUUCCUCUAAACGAAAGAAAUUACAUGAUGAUUGAGGUUAGGGACGCGGCAAUAAAGGCGUACAAAAACUUGGCAAAAGGUGGGUCGUCAUUGGACGCGAUCGAGACAGCAAUUUGCCAUAUGGAGAGCAAAAGACUCUUCAACUGUGCCAAAGGAGGAUCGUUAGAUGCGAAUGGAGAAGUAGUAACUGACGCGGGGAUAAUGAACGACGAGUCGAACGCAGGCUGCGUAGGAGCUGUCAGAGACAUAGAACACCCAAUUUCUCUAGCAAAAAUAGUUUUGCAGAAGACUAGUCACAUUCUUCUAGUGGAAAAGGGCGCACAAAAGUUUGCCCUGGACUCUGGAAUCCCAACUUUACAACCAGGUUGGUUUUUGCCCGAAGUUACGCCGAAAGAAUCUACAAUCUUUGAGACCGGAGAUCACGAAGAGGAAGAGGACAAAGGAAGUAGUUCCAGGAAACCACUGUAUGAUCCAGAGAAUUACAAUCUGGAUGAAAAGGAGGAAGAAGUAAGCCUUGAUGAGAAAACGAGAAGAGUGAAACUUCCUUGGUAUGUUACGAGGAGAUUGACUGACGAAGAAGAGCAACGGAGACAGGAAGAGUUGGUGGUUGAGAGAAGACAGAGACUGGAGCCCACGGUUCUUCAGGUCAGUGCCGUAGGAGCAGUGUCCUUCGAUAGAAAUGGACACUUGGCGACUGGCACUUCGACAGCAGGAGAGCCGAGGAAAACCACUGGAACGAUAAGUGCAAUUGGAACUGUACCUGGCUGUGGGAUCUUCGCAGACAAAACUGGCUGCACUUCUGUGUCCGGCCCCGACAAAGCAAUCUAUACUUAUGCACCGGCACGUCGAAUCGUGAAAAGAAUGGCCAAAGUAAAAAGUCCUGAAGAUGGUUUAAAAUUGGAAUUAGAUGACUUUGAAAAUGAGACGUUCGAAGCCCAAAUAGGAGCUGUUGCGUUGAACAGUUCAGGGGAAUCGGCUGUUCUUUUCAAGUCCCUGCAUUUCCCCUGGGCGAUGUGCCAUGAGGGAUGGAUUUAUUAUGGAUGCACAAAAGACGAUAUGUAUGAUGAGGAAAUUCAAGGCCUGGACAGAGCUGAUGACUGUCGCUGUGACAUUACAAUUUAAUCCCUAAUUUAUAAACGUCUAAAUUCUUCUGACUUUAAUAUGCAAUAUUUC